GCAAGCAGUGGAAGAGAAAAACCUGAAAAACAAAAUCGAGAGAGUUUUUAAUUUUUUCCCCUUCAUUUAUUUCUCUGGUAAAACAGCAGCAGAGAUGGCGUUGAACAACGGUCUUAGAUCAGCCUCCAAGCUAUUCACUGCUUCCGAAUCUCUUCUAUCCAAUUCAGUGAAUAGAGGUAUCCACACGACAGGGGUGAAGAGGAUGGGAGGAGGUCAUGCACAUGGCCAUGACGAACCAUUCUAUCUUCAUGCGAAGCACAUGUACAAUUUGGACCGGAUGAAGUAUCAGAAAAUCAAAAUGCCUCUUGCUGUGUUCACUGCCUUCAGCAUUGGAAUAAUUGUACCUGUCUAUGCUGUCAUUUUCCAGCAGAAAAAGACCGCUUCUGGCUAAGUCAUUAUUCAGAGCUUCUUUUGCAAUAACGGGAACAAGUUUGUCCCGCUUGGGUUGUGGAUUGUUGACAUCGUUCAAGUUGACAGUUUGCCAAUUAGGGUUGUUUUUGGUUCAUUGGGCAGUGUUUUUUUCACUCCUUAAUCUUGGAAAUAGGUUAUCCAAUACUGCAUGUUAUAAUAAUAUCCUUUGGCACGGAAACCACUUCCGUCGAAAGGUCUUAUUCCUUGCUUUGUUCAUCAUGCUUAAGAUGGAUACAUUAGAACUCGAUCUUCUUUGAGUUGUUGUGAUGAGAUCAUCUGGUCUUCGGGCACAUAAUAGUGGAAUGGGUUAUCGUUCUAGGAAAUUUGUUAGCACUUGAUAUGUCAGAAUAAUUUUAUAUUUUACCCAA